AUGAAGACACGCUCGACCAGCCUCCGAGUGAGGUUACCUGUGUUUGUGUUUGUCACAGAGGUGGUUAUUGUUGCCCUUUAUGCCAUCUUUGUCACCUACGAUGACCAUGCUGAUGCCAAAUUUCAAACCAACCAAACUAACCCCUUGGACAAUGCAAUGUACAGGGACUACCCUUUUUUUACGGACAUACAGGUGAUGAUAUUCCUCGGCUUUGGGUGCCUCCUGGCAUUUUUCCGCCUCUAUGGCUUUGGCGGGAUGGUUUUUAACUUCCUCACUGCUACUUUUGCCAUCCAGUGGGCCAUUCUAGUGCAGGGCUACUUCCAGUUCAGCCAUGACGGUAAGAUCCACCUUGGAGUGAUCAACCUCAUAAAUGCAGAGUUCGCCUGCGCUGUGGUGCUGAUUUCUUUCGGGGCAGUGCUUGGGAAGACGAGUCCAUUGCAGUUGCUGGUCAUGGCUCUGCUGGAAGUGCCGGUGUUUGCAGUCACAGAAUGGGCCGUGCUGAAGUACCUGAAGAUAAACGAUGCAGGAGGGUCUAUUCUGAUUCACCUCUUUGCCUGUUAUUUUGGCUUGGGUGUCACUUUUGUGUUGUACAGGCCUCGGUUAAAUGAAGGCCACGCUAAGGAGAACACCAGCUACCAGUCUGACAUGCUGUCUGUGAUGGGCACCUUGUUCCUCUGGGUGUUCUGGCCCUCCUUCAACUCGGCGUUAACCCUGAAAGGAGACGACCAGCACAGGGCCAUCCUCCACACCUUCAUCGGCCUCAGUGCCUCCACGCUCACAGCCUUCGCUCUCUCUGCGAUGCUCAACAAAAACGGGAAGCUCACCAUGGCCGAUGUUCAGAAUGUCACCCUGGCUGGAGGCGUGACGGUCGGCGCAUCUGUGGAUAUGAUGAUAUCGCCUGCAGCUGCGUAUGCUCUGGGUAUGAUGGGCUGCAUUGCAUGCAUGCUGGGCUACAAGUACUUGAGCCCCUUCCUGGCACAGCGCCUCAAGAUCCAGGAUCAAUGUGGAAUACACAACUUGCACGGUCUAACGGGACUGAUAUCUUGUGCUGCAGGGAUAUGCGCUAUACUGAUGGCUAGUGAGGAAGUUUAUGGCCCCAGUUUGUAUGAGAUCUUUUCCCACAGAGCACCUGUGGAAGGGGACCCGAAGCUGCUUGAGCUCCAGAUGUUGAUUCCCAGUUUACAGCCGGGCUUAGGAAGGACUGCUCGCGAACAGGCUCUCUUCCAGGUUGCAGCUAUUUUCUCCACCAUAGGAGUGUCAGCGAUAGGAGGUGUCCUUACAGGCUUCAUCUUGAAGCUGUCAUACCUCGCACCACCAUCCGACGAUUCGUGUUUUGACGACGAGUUGUUUUUUGAUGUUCCAUCGGACUAUGAUGCAACACUCAAUAACUCCAUUACAACAGAGGACUCUGCUGCCUGA